AGUGCAAUGGCGUCAUGUUUGGUAAUAGGCACUAUCAAUCAUACUCCAUUUCUAAUAUUUUUUUCAUCAAUUCGAAAUCAAACAAGAAGACCAGGCUGGAAUGCUGGAACAGUUGCAAGGAGAAGAAAAAAAAAAUUAGAUUUUAAAAUAUAUAAUCUCAUACAUAAACAACAUAUUACAUAAAUAAAUACUAAUGUAAAUAAAAUAGAAUCCUAUAGGUUUAUUAUAUUAGUAUUAUUUUCUAAUUUGGAGGACGGUUUUAUUUUAUGGGUUAAAUUGGCCUGCGCAAUUACAUGUAUAAAUGAAAAUAUAUAUACCACCAGAGUCUACACACACUAUAGUAACCAAAAAUCAAUAACGCCAAUUUUAUUGGGAGCGACGGGGGGAGAGAGAGAUUGAGCAGUGAUGGGAGAAGACUACUCCGUUGAUGCGGCCGGAAUAAUGAAAGAGGAUGCGCCGCCUCACUUUGUGCUGAUUCAUGGGAUAAGUGGCGGCGCGUGGUGCUGGUACAAAAUCAAGUGCCUUAUGGAGAAUUGUGGAUACAAGGUGACAUGCCUUGACCUCAAAGGCGCCGGCAUGGAUCAAACUGACCCAAACGCCGUCGUUUCCUUUGAAGACUACAAUCAGCCACUCAUUGAUUUCCUCUCAUCCUUGCACGACCACCAACAGGUGAUUUUGGUGGGGCAUAGUGCAGGAGGCCUGAGUUUGAGUGAUGCUAUUCAAAGGUUUGGAAAAAAGAAAAUCAAGCUUGCUGUGUUUGUUGCAGCUACCAUGUUGAAAUCAGGCUAUCUCACCGACCAAGAUAUUAAAGAUGGAGUGCCAGAUUUGUCAGGAUUUGGAGAAUUGAAUGAAGUAUAUGAUAUUGGGUUUGGAUUAGGAGAAGGUAAUCCUCCGACUUCAACAAUUAUUAAAAGGGAAUUACAGCGGAAGAUCAUUUACAACCUAUCCCCUCAGGAGGAUGCGACAUUAGCAGCGAUGCUGCUAAGGCCGGGCCCAAUUCAGGCACUAGUAACAGCUAAAUUUCCAGUAGCUGAGAAAGAUGAAGAGCAAGUGGCCCGAAUCUACAUCAAAACGACGCAGGAUAAUGUUAUAAAAGCCGAGCAGCAAGAGGCCAUGAUCAAGAAAUGGGCGCCUUCAUAUGUGUAUGUUUUGGAGAGUGAUCACAGCCCUUUCUUCUCUGCUCCUUUUUUGUUGUUUGGUCUCUUAGUCAAGGCUGCUGUUUCUUUCGGAUAUUGAUUACCAAAAUAAAUUCAAAAUGUAAAGUCUAUUGUUCGGGACUUCGCCUUAUGCUUGUUACUAAAAAAUAAACAAAUUGAUUCGAAAUA